UUUUAAAUUGUACUUAAAAGUGUUACAUUGUUCCACAGUUAGAACGUAAUUCCGUUCAAUAAAAUUUUCUCCUGUGAUACCGAUGGGAAUAUAUUAACUGAGAUAUUUCAGGAAAAUGAUAAGUAAUCAUAAGAAUAAAUCACUUGAUAUAACAUCACUUGCAAGUAUCACGACGAACGUCUUGCCUUCUGAACUUGCUGCAGCUUCUAACGGUCAGUAUGUUGCUUCCAUUUACUCUCUUCCAAAUCAGUUAGGUAUUUGGAAACUUCCAGAAUGUUCCAGAACCACUGAGCGACUGUACACGAGUAAACCGGUUGAUUACACUCAACUUAGAACACCUCCUUUGUUGUUGCUAGAACACAAGAAACCGGUAAAAGUUAUAGCUCUCUCAAAGCACGUGUCUUCAUCUUGGCGAAAGGGACGUAAUGUUCAAGAAUUAUCUACAAAGACAGGCUUACUCUGUUCAGUGAACAAACAAUGUGUUAUGAUUUGGAAUUUGAAUUUUAUUCUUGAACAGCAAGUGCAAAAUCAGAUAAAGGAGUUGAGUUCUGUUACGACGACGAACACAUGUUUUGCAAACAGUGAAAACUGUGUGUUAUAUGCUGACGAUAUAAUACCGUCUUACAGUGAGAUAUCUUACUGUGUGUUUAGUUGGCAUAAUGACUGCAUUGCUGUGUGCUUGGACACCGAUAUAUUGGUGAUAUUUAUCGGCGCAGAUGUCGAAGGAUCGUCACGGAAUCAACCAGUCUGGUUGACUGAUACUGAGAGACAGUGUCAGAUUUUAAAAGCUCACAAAUGUUUCGUAAAUGCUAUAGAAUUUCAUCACCGUAAUGUUAACAUCCUAAUAUCUAUAUCUGAUGAUUCGUCGUAUAUCGUUUGGGAUCUCUGCUCUGUGCGCGUGCUACAUAGGGGUUAUCUGCCUUAUUCGAUGGCAGUUCCAAUUGUGUUGGGCUUGAAUUGGGAAAAAGAUACUGCACUCGUUGGUACUUCAAAUGGUCAUCUGGUCGUUAUAAAUCUAUCUUUGCCUGAUGCUACAUCGAAUAAAUCUGAAAAAGACUCUUUAUUUAAAAUUAUACAGUCUGUUGAUUGUUCUGAAAUAGUUACGAAGAUGCAUACUUCUUGUGUUGACGAAAGUGUAGCGGCUGAUAGCAGUGGAUUAUCUUCCAUUUCUGUAGAGAGUAACUGCCUUGUGUUAUCUCUAUGUUAUUUACCACAAGAAAAAGAUUUACUUCAACCGAAACAUCGUCAAAGACUGCAUAACAGAUCGCUUUUCACAAACAAUGAUAUGGACUAUGAAAAGUUAAUAGAAUCGCCAUUAAUAGUAGUUGGUACAAACAAUGCUGUUCUCUGUUUAAAUGUUUAUACUUUAGAAUGCCUUGCUUCAGUAGAUUUAAAACUUUACAACAGUGAACUGCUGGGAGAUUUCAAUACAUUGAGCCUAAUGCUACCAGUAGAAACAGAAGACGACAUUUUACUUUUAACAGCAAAUUCCUUCAGCAGUAACCUAAAUAUAUCAAGAAUGCAAUCGAAUUUUGAAACAUUUAAUGAAAUCAAUAACGAUGAUUCGUUAUUGCUUAAAUGUUUAUUAGAUGAUGAUGACCAACAAAAACUGUCUGAUGAUAUUUCUUCACGGAAAUACAUCAUUUAUCCUUGCACUUUACUGACUGAAACUUCUGUGUUAAAGUCACAACUUGUUCCUGUAGGCAAAAUUAAAAAGAUCCAAAAGACCAAAUCUAAACCCAAAGUACAUACAGACUAUCAAGUCACAUUUUCGAAUAAAGUGAAGUCCUCAGGUUAUUCAACAUCUCCAACGCAUCAAACGAUGUUUACACCAAAAACCAAUAAUUUUCAAACAAAAUCAAAGCCUUUGCCUAAAAAAUCACAUUUCAAAACAAAGAUGAUCCAGGAAAACUUUGAUCCAGAAAAGAUAACUGACUAUAAGACAUCUUUGCAAAUCAGUGACAAUUCUGCUGCCAUAACAUGCAUCAAAAUAUCACCAAGUGGAAGUAAACUAGCUGUCGGUUCAAUCAACAGCUCAGUAGUAGUGCUAAAACAAUCACUGGUCAAUAACACGACCAGUUAUCUUGGCCACAGUAAGUCUGUUAAUUCUAUUGACUGGAGUUAUAAUAGCAAGUGGUUGAUAACAACCUCGGAUGAAUCGGCAGCUGUCUGGGAAAUGGAUAAACCAGUACCAUUGAUGAAAUUUACCAAAAUAAAAAGCAACUUUUCUUGCGACAAACAAACAAGUUGUUUUACAAAGGAUAUUAAGAAAGCACAGUUCUACUAUAUGGAUAACUUUAUACUGUUAGCAGCCAGUGAUUCAUUUCAUCUUUACAAAUAUCAUCUAGAUUCAACUAAAGAAGAUAUGCAACGUUACAUUACUAAGAGCAAAUAUAAAUCAGUCGGAACCUACCAAACAGAUGGUAACUGUAUAACUGACCUAACAGCUAUUAAUUCUUUCUAUUCUUAUGUAGUGCUUUGCUGCACAACUAAUCGAUCAGUUUCAGUUUAUGAUAUGAACGUUGGUCAAAUAAUUCAGCUGAUUACAAAUGUCCAUCCAACAGUUCCAUACUGUUUAGCCAUGAAUUCAGGCUCAUCUUAUCUCUCAUUACCACCAAAUGCCUAUGAUUUAGUUUUGACCACUGCUCUCACUGAUUCUGUUAAACUGUGGGAUUUAAGAUCGGGCCAGUGUGUGCGCAAACUAGAACAACACUGCAAUCGGGCUUAUACUUGCCGAGCUGUUUUCAGUCCUUGUGGUCAAUAUGUCCUGGCCGGAUCAGAAGACUAUACUGCUUAUUUAUAUGAUGUAAGAGAAGGAACAUGUUGUACAAGGUUAACUAGACAUUCUGAUGUGGUAACAGAUGUUGCAUACCACCCUUUCAUUCCACAACUUACAACAGCAACUUUAAAUGGUCAACUCUAUACAUUUACUUGUCAAAAUUUAUGACAUGUUAAGGAAACACCAGAGUUUCAACAAACUAGAUUUGACGGUUUCAAUGGCUACUUUUAUAAUAGUCUUCAGCUCCAUUUGUAAUGUCCUAGGAAGAAGCAUGAGUGUCAUUUGGUACUUUUUAAAUCUGAGGCAAUAUGCCUGUCAUUUAUCUUUUACUUGUCACUGGAUUGUAGCCAUGCUGGGGCACUGCCUUGUAGGAUUUGGUGGAAAUAAUCACUCCCAGUUGGGACUGUGUCUCGAAGUCAUGGUUGUCACUACAGAGCCAGUGAAGACAAAGGAACUGAGAGUAGGAGAUGAACAGUUUGGUGUGGGGAGGGUGGGAGGAGAAAAAGUUGAUAAGUGUGAGUCUGUGGGUUUAUACUGUCUUCUACUAUAUAUAGCCCAAGGCCAACCAAUUCUUUGCCAGUGAAUUUGGUAAACAGAAAUUGUGUGGAAGCCCAUUAUGUGUGUGAUUGCUUACCAACCAAUGUUGGUUUGUUACUGUCCCCCAUAACAGCAGCUCAUCAUAAAGAAAAAAACUUAUAGAAUGAGCUUAGAGGUAAAAAAACAAAAAAAAGGCAAGGCUAUGUUCUCAAGUCAUACAGACUCAUAAGGGCCAGUUUCCAAGUUUCUAUGGUGUAUAUAUUCCCCACCUGGACGGGAUGCUAGUCCAUCACAGGUUUCCUCAUUUUUGCCAGCUGAGUAGACUGGAGCAACGUGAAAUGAAGUGUCUUGCUCAAGGACACAACGCGUUGCCUGGUCCAGGAAUCGAAACCACUAUCAUAGGAUCAUGAGUCCAACACCCUAACCACUAAGCUAUGUGCCUCCACAAUGAGCUUAGACUGGUGUUGAUUUGAUGAACUAAACCAUUCAAGAUGGUGCCACAGCAUGGCCACAGUUUCAAGAAUGAAACAAGUAAAGGAAUAAAAAAGAGUGUAUGCAAUAGAUUUGUAUUGUAUACAAGACUGCUUUCUUUUCGUACAUGGUAUGAGGAGAGGGUGGAGGUUGAUGAAAUCAGGAAAAUAAACUUGUGGUAAAAGAACAAAAAUCUAGAAAAACAAAAAGGUUUAGAAAUGUUUCUCUUGAAGUAAUUAUUUUAAUAAAGGAUAGAAAAAAAAUAACUUUGUUUUUGUAUUUGG